GCCUUGAUACUCACUCACACUCAAAAGCUUCAAAUCCUUUUUAGAUACGACAAAGAAAGAAUAUUAUCUUUGCGAUCAUCGCCAUGGCCGCUCUUAAGAUGGUUAGCUUGCUUGUUCUAUGCAUGUUGGUGGCAGCUCCAAUGACUGAACAAGCUAUAACAUGUGGUCAAGUAACAAGCGCCCUCACCCCAUGUAUUAGUUACCUCAGGACUGCCGGGCCAAACCCUCCGGCACAAUGCUGCACUGGGGUGAAGACCGUCAACAGCGCUGCCAAAACCACCGCCGACCGCCAAGCGGCUUGUCAGUGCUUGAAAUCAGCUGCUGGCAUGAUCAGUGGGCUCAACCUCAACACCGUAGAGGCUCUCCCUAGUAAAUGCGGAGUUAACAUUCCUUAUAAGAUCAGCCAGUCCACAAACUGUGCCACCGUCAAGUGAGGAAGAUAGAGCAGCGAUUUUCUGCCCCGAGAUAGGAUAGCUUGAGAAGAAGAAGAAUAAUAAAGGCUCACCAGUCAGCAGUGUCUGCGUAGUCCAGCUGGGAAAGGGAUGGGUCUCCACUUUAGCGAGGCUCUUUCUUGUCCUUAAUUAGUGUCGUCGUCUCUGUUUUCUUACUCUUUUUCUCCUUUGUGUUGCUGUCGUAUUUGGGUCCUCUGCGUUCUACAUGUUCUGUGUCGUAUAUUUAUGAGAUCGAUCUAUCCAUAUAUGUUUAUUUUCAUCAA